AUUAGCGUUUUUUGUCGCCUUUUUAUUCGCUGGGGAGGAACUGGACUGAUCAAAAAAGGCAGGUUGAACGUUCUGUUUUCAAAAUGAAACGUAAAUUAUCAAUUGAUAACAAAGAAAACGAAAUGAGCAACGGCAACGACGAAAUAAUCAUGAAUGAUGUAGAGGCUGUAGAGGACGACAAUGAUGGCUUGGAUAAAUUAGCUACUCGAAAGAGAAAGCUUCAAGAACAACUACGGAAUCACGAAGCAACUUUAAUCUUACUGAAGAAGAUCAGGAGCUCUCAAAUAGCACCGCAAUUAUCGCAAAACAAUGCCAGUCGAAAGGUAACUUCUACAAACUCUUCUACACCUUCGAAUGUUUCCGUUGUCAAGAGGGAAGUUAAGCAGAACAAAGUUACCACGCCACCAGUUCAGAGAACUCAGAAAUUUGAGGUUAGCGAACAAAAUCGUACUGCUGCUAAAUUAGCUCUACGAAAGGAAUUGGAAAAGACCUUAUUACAAAUUCCUCCACCAAAACCUCCACCCCCUGAGAUGAAUUUUAUGCCCUCUUUGUCUAGUACCGAUUUUGGCAUGUUAAUGGGAUUGGAGGAAGUUGUCAAAUUCAUACAGGAGAUAAGUAAUAAGAAACCGGACGUCAAGUACGUUUUCAAUCCAUUUACUUGUGUACAAUGUGGAACUGAUUACACUCCUGUCUGGAAACGAGACAAGCCGGGAUCGAAGUCGGUUAUUUGUGAACAAUGCGUGACUAGCAAUCAGAAAAAAGCGCUAAAACAAGAACAUACUAAUCGUCUCAAGGGUGCUUUCGUGAAGGCUCUACAACGCGAGAAGGAAAUAGAGCAAAAAUUGGCUCAAGGAAAUCUUAAAGAUCCAAUUAUAGCCUCGGUUGUCACUCCACCGUCGUCUACAAGCUCUAGACAUUCACAUAGUGAAAAAACGUCAAGCAGCAGAGAUAAAAGUCAUAGCUCUUCAUCCUCUUCCGCCGCUGCUGCUUCGUCUUCUUCUUCAUCGAGUCAUUCGGCUGCUGUUCAAGCCCAAGUGCAGGCCGCUAUUAAUUUCCAAACAAUGCAGCAACAAGCCGUUGCAGCUUUGGCCAAUCUAAAAAUGACACCAGAUCAAAUUCGUCAGCAUCAAGCUUUGCUUGUCCAAACGCAACAAGCUCAACUUAGGAUUCUUCAACAGCAACAAAGCUUGCUACAAAAUCCAAAGCAUCUGGCAGCGUCUCUGGGUACUAACUAUUCGCCGCAGCAGAUAGCAAAGAUGGCUGAUCUUCAAAGGCAGUUUCUAAUGGAUAUGAUUCCAGGUUUGUCUGGAAAUCAAGCCGCUCUAUGGAAAAAGUGACAUUCUUCAUUUCCAUUAGGUAGAUUUGAUUUGGUUUGGUUUUUGUUAGUAUUUAAUGGCUCUAUUUAUGAUAAUUUUAAAAUCGCUGGUCCAGAGUCAAUUAAUAUAAUAUGGAUAUCUAUGCUUUUGUGUAUAAUAGUUAGUUAAAAAAAAAGAAACAAGUGCUUUAUUGUGUUGUAUACAUCAUUUAAUAAAUUGCAUACAUUAUUCCCAUUAAAAACUGGAAAGCAGAUUGAGAAUUUAGAAAGGAAAUGACAAAAUAUUUUUGCGCGCAGGAUCAUUUAUUAUGUCUUUUUGCUAGUCUAACCCGACCUAUUUUUUACUCUAAUUAAUCCUUUAAUAUAUAUAUAUAUAUAUAUAUU